AUGAGCAAGCUCGACUACUGCUUCAGCAAUGACUACAUGGUGCUGCGGCCGGACAGGGCCGGCCCCGUGGAGCUCCUGCACCUCCUCUUCUCGCCCAAGGUUGGCCGGAACAGGGCCGUCGACUGCUUCACCAGCACCGAGGUCCGCAGCUUCGCGUGCCGCCUCGCCAUCUUCCUCAACCUCCUCCUGCAGGUCCUCCUCCUCUCGCUCUCCGGCCCGCUGGCCGCGCUCCGCGCCGCCGUCGAGCUCGUGCUCAACCUCGUCGACAACGUCCUCCAUGGGAGGAUGGAGUGUCCUGACAGGUCGUCGCCGACGUACCGGUCGGUGAUGGGGCUGAUCGACCGGAGAGUCGAUCUGGACCGGAGCAUCAAGCCGACGGACAGCCGGUUCGACUCCGCGCACUGCGUCAUGGCGUCCAAACUGGCCUACGAGAACGAGAAGUUCAUCCGCGACGUCGUCACGAGCCACUGGCAGUUAGGAAGAAGAGCUGAUCGAAACGGCCGCACUGUGGAGCAUGCAGAUGGAGUUCGUGCGUUUCUACAACUGCUGGAACGAGUUCCAGAACGCGUCCACGGCGCAGGCCUUCGUGUUCUGCGACAAGGCGGCGGCGGAAGCGGAGCUGGUGGUGGUGGCGUUCCGCGGGACGAGGCCGUUCGACGCGGCGGGGUGGUGCGCCGACCUGGACCCGUCGUGGUACAAGAUCCCCCGCCUCGGCCGCGCGCACGCCGCCUACACACCCACGCGCUCGGCGCGCAGCGCAACAUCGGCUGGCCCAAGUGGGUCGAGCACAUCAAGGGCAAGCCACAGAAGGUGUACGCGUACUACACGAUCCGGGACACGGUGAAGGAGCUGCUGGAGGCGAACACGAAGGCGCGGCUGCUGGUGACGGGGCACGGGUCGGGCGGCGCGCUGGCGGUGCUGUUCGCGGCGAUCCUGGCGUACCACAAGGAGAAGGCGGUGCUGGACCGGCUGGCGGGGGUGUACACGUUCGGGCAGCCGCGCGUCGGCGACGCCAUGUUCGCCAUGUUCCUGGAGAGGAACCUGGACCGGCCGAGGAAGCGCCACUUCCGGAUCACCUACGGCGACGACGCGCUGCCCCGGCUGCCCAACGAGAGCUCCGCCGCCCAUUUCCUGCAUCUCGGGCUUGGCCUCCACUUCGACAAAUCUUACAAGCUCAAGGUGCUGAGGGAGAUCCCGGGCGAGGAGGCCUCGUCUUCGGUGCUGGACGCGGUGACGAGCCGCGUGAGCUCGGCGUGGGAGCUCGGCCGCGGCGUGUACCUGGGCUACCAGCGCGCCUACUUCCGGGAGGGGUGGCUGCUGAUGAUGAUGCGGGUGCUGGCGGUGGCGCUGCCGGGCCUGCCGUUCCACAGGGUGCAGGACUACGUCAACGCCAUGGUCCUGGGAGGCUACAUUCCCAAGGAUAACUGA